AUGCUGACGCAUGACCGUGUUAUCGAGUUCAUGAAAGUGACCUUCUCUAGUUCACGUGCACUUCUGAAAGAUGUCGCCGUGAGUCUGAGACGAGUUCCCUUUGUUUUCCUCGGGAACCAUCGCAAGUCGGUCAGGAAAACCCCCAAAGGCCAGGGGGCUUUUUGCAAAGCCCUGUUUUCUUCUUCCUCCUGCCAGGCAGGGAGCUGCGUGCCCUGCCCUGGUGCCUCGCGCUGCCACCUCCUGCUCGUCGCCGUGGUGAGCGAGGACAACACCCCGAGCCCGCACGCCUCCCCCUCGACCCUAUCCUCUCCCUCGCGCGGUUCCUCUCUCUCCCGAGCUCUCUGCGCGCGCCCAAACCCUAACCGUGCCGGCCGCCGAUUCUCCCGCCGUUUCGGCCACCCCCGCGCCCGUCCGACGUGCCCCCGAGCUCUGCCUCCUCCUGGUGCUCCUCCCCGUCGAAGGAAUCGACGAGGGGAGGCCCCAAUCACCCUCGCCGAGCCCUUCUUCCUCGCAGCCGGCGAAGACGCCGACCACCACCGCCGCCGUUACGGAGCUCCUCCGCCCGCGCCGUCGCUACCUCCACGCUCCUGCCGCGACGCGCGCCCGCACCCGGCCGCCGCGCUGCUCAACGCCGGCGCCGCUCCGGCGACCUCCUCGCUAGCGGCGCCUCCACCUCCUGGCUCGCCUCGGCGUCCUCUCGCCAAUGCGCCCUUCCGCGCGUCCAGGGUGGCACGGGAGCGCCGCCUCUGCCGGUCACCGGCGCCGGUCAUCGUCGGGUUGACCACCGGCGGUUGA